UCGUGCCUGGGGGAAAGUACAGGCAGCUCGGAGAGAGAGAGAGAGGGGGGGAGAGAGAGAGCACUAAAUACAGCCCAGACACACAAACACCAGGCGGCUCGGAUCAGAAGUGAAAAGCAGACGCGUUAAAGACUCGGAUCGGCGGGAUUAGGGGUGCUUGGAGCUGAAGCUCUGAGUUCCAGGAGCCGCAGCGGCUUUUACACACAAACGCUCCGGUGGAGGAGAGAGAGAGAGAGGAGGAGUGGAGUGGAGGAGGAGAAGGUUGUUGUUGUUUAUAUGAAACAGAUUUGCAGAGAGACAGAAUUAAAGAAAGGAAAGUGAAGUAGUUUGUGAUCCAGUGAGGACUGAAGGCUGGACAUGUCUCCAUGGAGUCCGAGGACAAGAUUUCUUCCACUUUUCUUUUGGACGCACAUUACAGCGACGCCACAGACCCGAUCACCCGGAUUCACCGACCCGAUACACACCUGUGACUGCGGGGCUGCGCUUUAGGCCCCUUCCAACCAGUUAUUUAUUUAUUCGGAUCGGAUCCAAAACAAAACAGUCAAUCCGACCGCUUGGGUCUCUCUCACACACACACACACACUCUCUCUCUCACACACACACUUUCAACCUUUUAAGGACAACAGCUCUGGACUGGCCCUCCGGUUUGGCACCGCAAAACUUUAUUUUUAACCUUUUAUUUCACUUUAGUUUUUGAUCCAGGACUCUCUCUCACACACACAGGACAGGAGUUUGAGAGUGUUGGGAGUUUGAGAGUGUUGGGAGUGAAAGCAGGACCUGUGUGAUUUUAGUUUGAUGAUGAUGGUGGUGGUGGUUUAUGAUCAUCGCUGCUCCUAAAACACAGCAGCGCACACCGUGUUAUGAUGCUUUCCGGUAUCCAGACCACAUCAUGGAAGACAAAUAAAAAACUAAAACCCGCCCUGACUCUGGACUGGUAAAGAGAUCCGAUCAGAACUGACCCGCUGCUACAAGUUGGAGACAAAAUGGCGGCGGCGGCGGCGGGACAGGCUGCGCUUUAUUCCCUCGUGACCCUGGAGCUCUUCAUCAUCAUCAUCAUCACUCAGGGCUCGAGCUCGGCUUUGCCGUGUUCACAAAACUGCACGUGCACCUUAGACACGGCCGACUGCAGCCGCCGGAAGUUGAUCGGUAUUCCCGCGGAGUUACCGGACCGGACCGUCUGUCUAAACCUGAGCCACAACAUGCUGACAGCAGUCGAUACGGACAUCCUCUCCAAUCUGCCCAACCUUAAAGAAGUGAGACUGGACCACAAUGAGCUGACAUCAAUCCCCGAGUUUGGCAGCGCCUCGCCAGCCAUCGUCACUCUCCAUCUGCACCAUAAUAAGAUUAGCAGCGUUCAGGGCAGCCGUCUCCGAAACCUCACCCACCUGGAGACUCUGGAUCUGAGUAAUAAUGACAUCAUCGAUGUGAGAGAACACUGCUUCCCCCGCGGCCUCCGUGUUCGAGAGCUGUCGCUCAGCGGUAAUAAAAUUGUACACCUGGAGUUUGGUGCGUUCAGGAACCUGAACGACACACUGCAGGUCCUGAGGCUCGGCCGAAACCGGCUCACCCAGCUGCCCGUCAAAGGUCUCGAGCUUCCCAGACUAACGCAGCUGGACUUGAGCAGGAACCGGCUGCGUUUGAUCGAAGGCCUGACCUUUCAGGGCCUUUCCAACCUGGAGGUGUUGAAGCUCCAGAGGAACAACAUCAGCAAACUGACAGAUGGAGCGUUCUUCGGUCUGGCACGCAUGAGGACCCUCCAUUUGGACUAUAACAGUCUGAAAGAGGUGAACAGUGGCUCUCUGUAUGGUCUGCAGUCUCUGCUCCACCUCCAUCUGUCCAACAACUCCAUCGCAAGCUUCAAUCCUGAGGGAUGGCGCUUCUGCGAGAGGCUCCGAGAGCUGCAUCUGGGCCAUAACAACUUGACGAAGCUGGCUGAGGGCAGUUUUGUGAAGUUGGCCAACUUGCAGACUCUUCAGCUGAGCCACAACUCCAUCAGCUAUAUCGCAGAGGGAGCUUUCAGAGGUCUGAGCUCCUUACGCUUACUGGAGCUUGACCACAAUGACAUUUCUGGAACAAUCGAGGACACCAGCGGUGCCUUUACAGGCCUGAAGAAACUCCGGAAGCUGACGCUGUUCGGAAACAGGAUCAAGUCGGUGGCCAAGAAAGCCUUCUCAGGCCUGGAAGCCCUCGAGCACCUAAACCUGGGCGGAAAUGCCAUCCUUUCCAUCCUCCCAGACGCCUUCAACAAUAUGAAGAACCUCCGCACCCUCGAGAUCUUGAGCGAUAGUUUCCUGUGCGAUUGCCAGCUGCACUGGUUUCCUGAGUGGGUGGUGGCGCGAGAGCUCCAGGCUGGCGUCCACGCCACGUGCGCACACCCCGAGAGCCUGAAGGGCACCAGCAUCUUCCAAGCUCCAGCACAGAGCUUCGUUUGUGAUGACCUACCCAAGCCUCAGAUUCUGGUUCAUCCCACACCGACAGCCGGCGUGUUGGGCAAAGACGUGCGUUUAACGUGCAUGGCGGUCAGCAGCAGCAGCUCGCCCAUGACCUUCACAUGGCGGAAAGACCAGGAGCCCCUGCCUCAUGCCCACGUCGAGAACUUCGCCCACUCUCCCUCCAGAGACGGAGCAGGCAUCAUGGAGUACACAACUGUCCUCCAUCUCCGCAACGUCAAGUUCGAGGACGAGGGCCGCUACCAAUGCGUCAUCUCCAAUCACUUCGGCUCCACCUACUCCAACAAGGCGCGACUCAGCAUCAGCGUGCUACCUUCCUUUGUGAAGACCCCAAGUGACCUCACCAUCCGAGCUGGCGCGAAGGCUCGUCUGGAGUGCGCGGCGAAAGGUUAUCCACCUCCGCAGGUUGCUUGGCAGAAAGACGGUGGGACAGAUUUCCCAGCAGCCCGUGAGCGGCGCAUGGAGGUGAUGCCUGACGAUGACGUGUUCUUCAUCAUGCAAGUGAAGCCUGAGGACAUGGGUGUGUACAGCUGCACGGCCAGAAACACGGCGGGCAUGAUCUCUGCCAACGUCACGCUCACCGUGCUGGAAAUGCCCCACCUGCUGCAGGGGAUGGAGGACCGGAGUGUGGUGCUGGGCGAGGCGGUGGCGCUGCAGUGCAAGGCCGUGGGUAGCCCCCCUCCACGUAUCACAUGGCUGCGGAGUGGCGAACCACUGCAGCCCAGUGAGCGACACCACUUCACCCACGCCAACCAGCUCCUGGUGAUCAGCAGCACCACACCGGAGGACGCCGGCCGCUACACGUGCGUCAUGUCCAACCCUCUCGGGACGGAGCGUGCCCAGUGCAGCCUGACCGUAAUCCAGCGCCCUGGUGCCAACUGCCAAGUGAACGCCAAUUCAGGGGCAGUCACCAUAGGCAUCGUCGUGAUCGCCGUGGUGACGAGUGUCGUGGCGACCUCUUUGGUGUGGGUGUGCAUCAUCUACCAGACGAGGAAGAAGAGCGAAGAGUGCAGCGUCAACACGGAUGAGACCAUCGUUCCUCCUGAUGUCCCAAGCUACCUGUCCUCACAGGGGACGCUAUCUGAGAGGCAGGACGUGUGCAUAAGAGUCGAGUCCAGCGGAGGAUCCCAGCCAAGUGGCCACACACACAGCAACGGAGGUUUUGAUGUUCCAGUCCUGUGUACUGACUGCAUGGAAAACGGUAACAGUUACUCCAGGCCAUCAGACUACCUCUGCCAGGGCAUUACACCUCCUUCAGGAACGGAGUACCAGCAGAUACAGCCUCCGUCGACCUUCAGCGGCCAUAAGAUGAGCGACGGGCACUGUAUCGGCACGCCAAACGGAGUCAGGAGGGAGGCGACACCGACGGCGCACAAGAAACAAGGCGAUCGAAAAGGAUCUGUUACGAGCAGGACAGGAACACCAUCUCCAAGCGAGAGCCACCAUCGGCCCGCAAAGCCGUGCUCCGUUCCCGACACCUGCACGGACGCUGAGCUCACAAAAACUCUCUUACCCAACGGCCACACGCACUCGAGUGAGACCGCCCCCCUCAGGCGGGCGAGUGACUAGCACGUCGUGGAAUACCAAGCGAAGACUGUCGUAUUGCUAUUUUUGUAUCCUGUUUGCACUGUGAACUGCUACCUCACACCGAGGGGCGCACGUGGAGCUCGUCCUGCGUCUGAUCGCGGAGUCUAGGCGUCCGGGUUUGAAGGCGAAGCUUGAACGCGGGACCGUUCGCGUCCCAGUCCGAGCGUUACACCUGUACAUAGUGUUUAAAUCCUCCUCAGGGAGGCUUCGUUCACACCGCUGCAAAAAAGGGAAAAAAAAAAAAUUGUGACUUGCAUUUGAAGCAUGUUAAUGUAGGGAAUAUUGUAUGAUACAACAGAGUGCUAUAAUGUUGGACUUUAAAUUGUACAUAAGAGUUUUCAUAUAUAUCUAUAUCUAUAUUAUUAUUCUAUAACUUUUACAGAAGAGUAUUUGAAUCUAUUCUGUGCAUGGUCCGAUCAGAGUGAUGCUAUUUUUCCUCUUUUUAUAAUCCUCCCAGCCCUGGUGCCUUACAGCAUGAACAAAGAAUCUGUCGUCUGUCUCUCAGGCCGAGACUCCUCGUUCGCGAAACGGAAAGUUUUCCUGCACUUGAAAUUGAGAUAAACAUCAUCGUCUCCAGCUACCAAGAACCCAACGGUUCAUAUUUGCUGGUCUUGAUUCAAACUCUUUAGGCCCGGUAUGGUACAAUACAAUCGAGGGUUGGUGAAGAAACGCAAAUCAGCACUUUGGUAGGAAGAACAGGGAGAUCCAACACCAUUCUCAAGAUUUAAACGUGUCGGAAGGUUGAAAUUUUCAGACUUUUUCUCUUCGAUAAAUCCUGAACUCAAACAGAAAUGCGUAAGCAGCCGAUUUGGACAAUUUCACAGGUGAGACCGACGAACUGUUGAGGUUGAAAGUGAGAUUUAUAUCAUUUUUACAGCCUUAAAUCUGAAAAACAGAAAGAAAAAAAAAGGUUCAGCUCUUCCAUGUGCAAAAUGGUAGUCCAGUGGUACACAAACUGUACUAUUCUGGUUUUUUUUUUUAAAUCAAGGAAAGCAAUGUGAAUGUGAACACCUCAGAAGAAGAAAAAAAAAAGUCCAUUUAUGAAACGUGUGCUAACAAAGCACUGUUAGACAUUUCUUAGCGUAUAAUAAAAGGGAUAACGACAAAGAUAAACUUUACUUACAGAAGAAAAGGGCAUCAUUAUCUGUGUUAUCUCGUGUUCAGGAGUUUUUAAUGUCCACACACAGGGAAUGGCCAGUAUCUUCAGUCAACACCAUUAGCUCACGCUACAUCAACGUUACUAAACGCCUCAUUAGCUAACAUUAACGCUAGCCUCAAAAACAAAUAAUAGGUCUUAAGCAAAUAACUCAAACCUGCCAGGCUUUUUCAGCUGAUGCGUUUUCUUUUGUUUUUCCACAGAAACGAAACUGAUGGAAUAUAUCUGUUUGUUUGUUUUUUUUCUGUAGGAGUUAGCUCGCUAUCUAUCGGUCACUCUGUUACCCAACUAACUGGUUUACCAAGCUAGAUUUUAGCUAACCAGCUAACUCGGAAUGAAGAGAAGAGAUCUCUGCUUCGUGUUGUUCUCGGAAAUAUGAACAGGUUUGAGCCGAUCAUUUCCAACAGCUCGCAUGGUGUAGCAGACUUCACCUUCCUGUCAGACUAAUUUAUUGAAAAGAAAAGAAAAGAACUCGUACGGCUGUACAUUUGCAAUGCUGAAAAUGUUGCCGUGUGGCAAGUUGACAUGUCUAUUAAAAUCACAUUCUUGCUCUUGGA